AUGCACCCCCAGCUGCAAGACUUGGUAGCGGGGUCCACCUUCUCAAGCUUGAAGGCCCUGGCGGAUGCGGCCGAUGGCCUGAUGGAGCGAGUGCGGCGCCGGCUACAAUAUCGGCCUCCUCCACCCAAAACAAAUCAGGUCGCGCGCGACUUGGCAUAUUCGGCGCAUGCAUGCCUGACGCAAUGGCAGUGCCCCAGCACUCCGCAGCAGUCGUCCUCCGCGCCGAAUGCCGGUUGGACACCUGGGUGCGCGUGGCCCCUCCACCCCGCAGCAGUGCAACCGUCAUACCACCGGGACCAGUGGCCCAUAAUUCAGGCCCAAUCUGUCGGCGCACCAACGUACCGACCACCAGCAGGGCGUCGACCUCAGCGGGCCCCGAGCCAAGUUGUUUGCCUACGAUGUGGCGGCGUCGGCCACAUUGCACGCAACUGUGCGAGUAGACCGCGCCAAGACAACGCCGUUUGCUUCCAGUGCGGCCGUCCAGGGCACUUCCAGGCUCAGUGCUCGGGAAACGGGCGCCAGUAG